GAGGCUGAGGCGGGCAGGCACCAGCCAGAGCAGCUGGCGGCAGACGGCAGGCAGGCAGUCGGACCGUCUAGCGGGCCUGGCUUGCCUACCUGGCAGCUGCACCCGGUCCUUCACUCAGAGCUGGUUCUGUGGGUCAACAUGUUCCCCUGCUUCCUCCUGUCUCUGCUACUCCUCGUGAGGCCUGUGUCGGUGGAGGCCUACUCUGUGUCACUCCCGGCCUCCUUCCUGGAGGAUGUAGCGGGCAGUGGGGAAGCUGAGGGUUCUUCAGCCUCUUCCCCGAGCCUGCUGCCACCCCGGACUCCGACCUUCAGUCCCACACCGGGGAGACCCCAGCCCACAGUUCUGGAUGGCCCCGUGCCACCCACCAACCUCCUGGAUGGGAUCAUGGACUUCUUCCGGCAGUACGUGAUGCUCAUCGCAGUGGUGGGCUCGCUCACCUUCCUCAUCAUGUUCAUAAUCUGCGCGGCACUCAUCACGCGUCAGAAGCACAAGGCCACAGCCUACUACCCGUCCUCUUUCCCUGAAAAGAAGUAUGUGGACCAGAGAGACCGGGCUGGGGGACCCCGUGCCUUCAGCGAGGUCCCUGACCGGGCACCUGACAGCCGACCGGAAGAGGGCUUGGACUCCACCCAGCAGCUCCAGGCUGACAUUCUGGCUGCUACCCAGAACCUCCGGUCUCCAGCUAGAGCCCUGCCAGGCAGUGGGGAGGGAACAAAGCCCGUGAAGGGUGGGUCGGAGGAGGAAGAGGAGGAGGAGGUGCCCCGAGGUCAGGAGGAAGCCCAGGAAGUCCCGGUAUGUGGGGUCACGGAAGAGAAGCUGGGCGUCCCAGAGGAGUCAGCCUCAGCAGAGGCUGAAGGGGUUCCUGCCGCCCGUGAGGGCCAAGGGGGACCAGAAGGGUCUUUGUCCUUAGCCCAGGAAUCCCAGGGAGCCACUGGUUCUCCUGAAAGUUCCUGUGCCUGCAGCAGUGUCUCCCCCAGUGUCUAACAGGCCCCAGAACUGUUGGGCCUCACUCUUGGGUCCUCGAGGGUCACCUCCUUGGUCGAGAAAGGCAUUCAACUCUGACUGCUUCUUGACUCCCUUCCUUGGCUGGUGCCAAUCCUGACCCCAAAUGGGCAGAGCCGGUGGCCUCUGGUGCACCCCAGGAAACAUCACCCCACGUUCCAGCGCCCUUCAUGACUCUUGCAAUCUUGGGGAGUUCACCCUAACCCAUUACUUCUCUGGAAGGGGAAGGUCAGACACAUCCCAGUUGGAGCUACAAUGAGACAGUCCUCAGAGCAGAGGGGAACAAGCCAGAGCCUGCCUGUGACCCAGCAAACGUUGCUGCUUGCCUCUCGGCUGUGGAGACAAGCAGGGCUGUUAGAUUCGGAAGGUGUCAAACGGAUGGACCUGCAGUGAUCCCCGCUGCCAUUAUGUCCCCCGCUGGGAUAGCAAGAUGCAGUCCGUGUCUGGUAACACCAGGGACGGCAGAGCCCUGUGCAUCUUCUGAUCGCCCAAAUGUCUCUGUCACUCUGCCCCGUCCAGUGGACUUGGUUAGUUAGGAAGCUUCUGGAAGGGGCUCCCACUUAUAUCACAGUUUCCUUUAGGUACCCCAUGGAAGCACAAACUCGAAAUCAUGUGACUUUAGGAGCCACGGUGCCCCUCCACAAGCUGACAAGGUUACUCUAAGGGUCCCAUUGGGCUGGCUUUGCUACGCUUUUUUCAAGCUGCUUGAUUAUUAGCAGGAUGUCUCAUAGCUGCAAAGGUCCAAGCGUCACAGCACCCGCUCUGGAAAACACUGUUCUCGGUUUUCUCCAAGGCACCCCGCUUUCUGAUUGGUUCAGAGUUUGAAUGUGGCUCUCUCAAGUGUCAAGCGACCCUGACUUGUGUGUGUGCAAGACAUCUUGCUGUCAAUGCUGGGGUAAGGGGAGUGAGUUCUUCUCUGACAGUCCCUGAAAUAGACUGGAAGCCAAGGGGUGUCUGGGGCAACUGCUAUUCUGGAUUCUGACGCCCAGCCUGGAGCAGGGGCCUGGGCCCAUCCUACGCUCACACAGUGGUCUGGCAGCCUGAGCACACACCGUUCCUCAGUCCUUGACAAUGCUGAGGCUCUGUCCUCUUGGGGGUCUUGGGGGUUCCCCACACCUCCAUUCAGGGCUCCCCAAAUCCUCAGCUCUUCGGGUGUGGCUAUAUGACACACUAGCAUAAUAAACCUUGAUCUGGCUUAAGUC